CUGUGAUUCUGCGCAGUGGAGGAAUAGUUUUUGACAAAUUUUAUUUUAGAAUAAUUGGCAUCUUUUCCUUUUUCAGUUCUUGUGCUACGUGAAAGAAAUUUACACUCAUCUCUGUUCUCCUCCAACUUUCAAGAAACACCCAAAGCAAAUGGCACAAAAAGGUUCCGUGGAGGAUUUCUUGGCCAUGGCUGUGGAUGCUGCUAAGAGUGCUGGGGAGAUUAUUCGUUCUGCUUUCUAUCAGACUAAGCGGGUGGAGCACAAAGGCGAGGUGGAUUUGGUCACAGAGACUGAUAAGAAAUGCGAAGAAGUCAUAUUUGAUUUUCUCAAACUACAAUACCCUGACCACAAGUUGAUCGGGGAAGAAACUGCUGCUGCUUGCGGCACCAUAGAAUUGACAGAUGAACCGACUUGGAUUGUUGAUCCUAUUGAUGGAACAACUAAUUUUGUGCACGGGUUUCCAUUUGUCUGUGUAUCUAUUGGUCUCACAAUUGGACGAAUUCCAACAGUUGGUGUUGUCUACAAUCCGAUUAUGGAUGAGCUUUUUACUGCAAUUCGUGGCAAAGGUGCUUUUCUCAAUGGAAAACCUAUUAAAGUGUCUUCACAGUCAGAGCUUGUGAAGUCCCUUCUUGCCACAGAGGUGGCUGCAAACCGUGAAAAGGCUAUUAUUGAUGCGGUUACAAAUAGGAUCAAUAGCUUGCUUUUCAAGGUAAGGUCUCUCCGGAUGACUGGCUCAUGUGCAUUAGAUCUUUGUGGGAUUGCAUGUGGCAGGAACGAUAUGUUCUAUUUAGUUGGGUUUGGAGGCCCUUGGGAUGUAGCGGCUGGUGCUGUUAUUGUGACUGAAGCUGGAGGACUUGUAUUUGAUCCCUCUGGUAAGGAUUUCGACAUCACAUCUCAGCGGGUGGCAGCUUCAAAUCCUCUUAUUAAGGAUGCAUUUAUUGAGGCACUGCAGCAGUCCGAAUGAAGGGACUGUAAUUGGGAAAUAGAUAAUAAACUUCUGAAUGGUAAAGUGUUCUUGGUACAUUCUGAAUGCAUUUUGCCGCCUGUUGUGACAUUAAAGACCAUUGCUAUAAAACAGUGAAAGGAUAGAAGAUAGAGUGAGGAUAAAUCAGUGAA